AUGUUUCUAUGGCUGUUGUGCCUUAGUAUAGCGCUUUGUAUGAUACUUUUCAAACUAAAAAGAAGACUAUUGCAUAGAUUAGCUUCAAAGAUACCCGGCUCCGAUGACGAACUGCCGUUCAUAGGACUCGCUCAUAAGUUUACUGGGACUACUGAAGAUAUAUUGAACAGUUUACAGAAGUAUAGUUACGAGGCAAUGAAAAAGAACGGAAUUCUCCGAGGUUGGCUAGGCCAUAUUCUUUAUUUCAUUGUUGUUGAUCCAGUUGAUAUAGAGGUAUUACUAAAGACUAGCUUAGAGAAAGACGACCUGCAUAGAUUUAUUAGAAAUGUAAUUGGAAAUGGCGGAAUAUUUGCACCAGUACCUAUAUGGAGAAGACGACGAAAGAUUAUGGUGCCGGCUUUCAGCCCUAAAAUAGUAGGUACCUUCAUGGAAAUAUUUUCGGAACAAAGUGAGAAGUUGGUUACAAUACUUUCUGAAUGUGCGGGAAAAGGUGAAGUCACCAUGGAACCAUACCUUUGUAGGUAUACUCUCGACUCUGUUUGUGAAACCACAAUGGGCAUAACAAUAAACGCUCAAAAUAAUCCUGACGCUCCAUUUCUAAAAGCGUUGAAAAAUAUGCUUAAUUUGGUUUGUGAAAGAAUUUUCCAUCUGUGGCUGCAACCUGAAUGGUUGUACAAGUUCUUUUCGCAGUAUACGACACAUCAGAAAUUUUUGAAGGAAAUACAAGAUUUUGUAGAUGAAGUUAUUCAAAAGAAAAGAAGAGAAAUCAAGAAAGAAAAGUAUUUGAAAUCAGAAGUAGAUCGUAAUUUUGGUUUAAGUAAUUACAAGACUCGGUCGUUCCUCGAUCUUUUGAUAGAAUUUUCUGGCGGUGAAAAUGGGUACACUGAUCUGGAGCUGAGAGAGGAAAUAAUUACACUAACAGUUGCUGGCACUGACACUUCAGCUGUGUCAAUUGGGUACACUUUAAAGUUGUUAGCUAUGUAUCCAAAGGUGCAAGACCAGUUAUAUCAAGAAUUACUAGAUGUUUUUGGAACUUCCGAUCGACCAAUAGUUAAAGAGGACUUAUCAAAGCUAAAGUAUUUGGAACGUGUUGUGAAAGAGUCGCUUAGGUUAUUUCCACCAGUGCCAUUUAUUAUCCGAAAGGUUUUAAAAGACAUUUUAUUACCGUCGGGUAGAAUUUUGCCGGCUGGAUCAGGCGCGGCAAUCAGUAUCUGGGGCUUGCAUCGCCACCCCAAAUACUGGGGCCCGGACGCCGAGAUCUUUGACCCCGACAGGUUCCUACCAGAGAGGUUCGACUUAAAGCACGCCUGUUCGUACAUGCCGUUCAGCAGUGGACCUCGUAAUUGUAUCGGUUACCAAUAUGCGCUUAUGUCAAUGAAGACAGCACUGUCGGCGAUAGUGAGGCGCUACAAGAUUAUCGGGGAAGAAUCCGGCCCUGUCCCACAAAUAAAGUCCAAAAUUGACAUCAUGAUGAAAGCUGUGGAUGAUUACAAGAUUUGUUUAGAGAAAAGAAUUGAAUAUAAAUAAGA